AUGUCAAAUCAUUACAAAUAUCAUCAUCAAGCAUUAUACCUUGGAAUUAUGGGAAGCAAGGCACCAACUUGGGCUGAUCAAUGGGGUACGGGUGGCUUUGGCGAUGAAGGCGACGGUGAAAACAAGGCCAUGACCAACAAGAAAAAGCUAGGAAACAGCAGCAGCAGCAAGAAGAUGGAGGAGGUGAAGGCAGCGGCCUCUGCUGGAUUCGACAAGGCGAAGGCAGCAGCUGUGGUGGGAGCCCAUAAGGUGAAGAGUGGAACUUCUGUGGGUGUCAAAUGGAUCAAGGACCAAUACCAGAAGAAAAGCUCAUCUAAAUGA